CCACACCGGCGACCAAAUUCCCAUAAGUCUCAUGGCCCAUUUCACCACGUGCCAUUCUCGUGGCUGGCAAAUCCAGACACAGUCCGAAUCAACCCCGCAGGUGCCAUCGGAUAUGCUGCCACGUGGAUUAUCCCAGUCGGAUGCUUCCCCGUAUAUCCUUUUCUACAGUCUCCCUCUCUUCUCUCUCUCUCUAUCUCUGUGCUUUUUCAAAUUGAAUGUUUAUCUAUCUAGCUCUUUCGCUAUCCAACACACGAAUAGCAGUCUCAGUUUCUAAGUCUAUUUAAUCGAAUAUUCCUGAAUAAAUAUUCCUUCCACCAUUUUCUCCGUCUUUCCUUUCUUUUUAUAAGCUUCUGAGAUAUUCCUUUCUUUGUUCAUCCAAAGCUGAAUCCCACAGAAGAAGCACUCAGAAACAAAAGCAUCAAAACAACAAAUUUGCUUUUCUUUUUCUUUCGAAAAUUAAUAUUGUUUCGCUGUCAGAUAUGGUGGGUUUCGUUAGAACAAAACGGGUCACCGACCCCCUCGACGACAGGGUCAAGGCUCGACUCGUCGGGAGAGAUGUUUCGCGACUCAGUUAUGUCAGCAGCGGGAGCGAGUACUCCGGCGAAGAUGACUCACCGUGCCUUUCCGAACUCGUUCACGAUUUCCUCCAGGACCACGAUGAGUCGGCCGAGACUCGUCGCCUUCCCGACUACGAAUCCGAGUCUGAGAGAAUCGACUCGGUCGCGGAUUGUACUGACGCUAUCGAGAUUGUAACCGGCUUAACGGCUUCUUCUGGCAAUGUGGAUUCGGAUUCGUACAAGGAGCUUCUAUCGGCUCACGUCUUCAAAGCGGCAGAGUCUUUUUCCCGCCUGAGAUCUAACAGGGUCGCGUUCAGACGGAGUGUGAUGCAGUUUCUGAGGGAGUUAGGGCACAAUGCGGCGAUAUGCAAGACCAGGUGGAACUCCUCCGGCGGAAUCACCGCCGGAAACUACGAGUUCAUCGACGUUGUUGUCCAAUCGGGAUCUUCAUCAUCGCGGCACAACCGAUACUUCAUCGACCUCGACUUCGCCUCCGAGUUCCAGAUCGCGAGGCCUUCGGCUUACUACACGAGACUCUUGCAGUCUCUGCCAACAAUUUUCAUUGGAAAUGCGGAGGAUCUGAAGCGGCUCGUGAGGGUCAUAUGCAACGCCGCGAAGAUAUCUUUGAAGAGCACGGAGCUUUCUGUUCCUCCGUGGAGGAAAAACCGUUACAUGCAGAACAAAUGGUUCGCAUCUUACCGCCGAACGGUGAAUCCUGCGCCGGAAAACUCAUUUUCAUCUUUGGUUCCGGCCUCCGGAAUCAAAUGCCGUUGGAUUGGGUUCGAUGCCGGAGUUUCCGACUCCAACGUCAACGGCCAUAUGUUUGUCCGUAUAAGAUGAUAAGGAUUGGAAUUAAUAUAUAAUUUCAUAUAUAAAAAAUAAAAAAAAAAAAAAUUUGAUUCGUACUUGCAAGAGAAGGUAUGAUGAUAAAUUGAUAAUAAUCUCUUUUGCUUUUUUUAAUUCUUAUUUAUUUAUUUAUUUUUCUUUUAA